AAUUAUGAAUGCCAAAUUUAAAAUUUAACAUGAAAUUUCAAAAUGUCAAGUAGAAAUUACAAGAUAAUUUGAUGCAAAUCAUGCUUCUCAUUGCGUAAUCCAAUCCUUGUGGAUUUUUUGUAAAAAGAUAUUUUAAAACUAUUAUUAUGGUGAAAUAAUGUCGACGUUACUGCUUCGGUUUCAAUUUGAAUUUUGUCUCCUCGGAGAGUUCAUUGAUGUCAACGUAGAGACGGAGAUAAUUUUUUCAUUGAUCUCUAGGUAACCGUUAAUGGCGGUUUUUUUUUUUUUUAAUGUUUUUGUUUGAAAACUGAAAUAAACCUCGCCGAAAUUGUUCUCUUUAUUCCCAUCUCUUACGAUGCUCAAAAAUGAAGAAAAAAAAAAACUUGGCCUUCAUUAGAAAAAAAGAACUCGCCAGGAAAAACAAAAAUGGAGGGGCAAACGAUAGUGUUAAUUUUGUGUUGCUUGGUGGGUUACUUUAGCAUAGGAACUGUUAUAGGAGUAGAGAUUCUAUCGAAAUCGAGGCUUGAAAGGUGCGAGAAGGGCUCCGAUUCCGAUACUCUCAAUUGCACUACCAAAAUCGUCCUCAACUUGGCCGUUCCCAGCGGUUCUAGUGGGGGAGAGGCGUCGAUUGUGGCGGAGAUAGUGGAGGUGGAGGAGAAUUCGACCAGCAACAUGCAAACACUGCGAAUACCACCGGUGAUAACCGUCAAUAAAUCUGCUGCAUAUGUCCUGUAUGAGCUACUAUAUAUACGUGACGUUGCUUAUAAACCGGAAGAAUACUAUGUUAAGACACGUAAAUGUGAGCCGGAUGCUGGCGGAGAUAUCGUGAAGAUAUGCGAGAGGUUGCGAGAUAAGAAUGGUCACAUUAUUGAGCAUUCUGAGCCAACCUGUUGUCCUUGUGGGCCCCAACGGCGAGUACCUUCAUCAUGUGGAAACUUUUUUGACAAAUUGAUGAAAGGCAAGGCCAAUACUGCGCACUGUGUCAGAUUUCCAGGUGAUUGGUUCCAUGUUUUUGGUAUUGGACAGAGAUCAAUUGGAUUUAGUGUUCAAAUUGAGGUGAAGUCAGGAUCUAAAGUUUCGGAAGUGAUAGUGGGCCCUGAAAAUAGAACUGUGACAUCUAAGGAUAAUUUUCUAAGGGCUAGUCUUAUUGGAGAUUUUGUUGGAUACUCUAGUCUUCCUUCUUUUGAAGAUUUCUACCUUGUCAUUCCAAGGCAGGAUGAGCCUGGUCAACCACAUGAUCUUGGAAGGAACUUUUCAAUGUGGAUGCUGCUUGAGAGAGUCAGGUUUACCUUAGAUGGCUUUGAAUGCAACAAAAUUGGAGUUGGUUAUGAGGCUUUCAAUGGACAACCAAACUUCUGUUCUUCACCAUUUUGGAGUUGUUUGCAUAAUCAGUUAUGGAAUUACCGAGAUGCUGAUCAGAACCGAAUUAAUAGGAAGCAAAUACCACUAUAUGGUGUGGAAGGAAGGUUUGAAAGGAUAAACCAGCAUCCACAUGCAGGGACUCAUUCAUUCUCCAUAGGCAUCACUGAAGUUCUUAAUACAAAUCUUCUGAUAGAACUUAGUGCUGAUGACAUAGAAUAUGUCUACCAAAGGAGCCCUGGGAAAAUCUUAAAUGUUACUAUCCCCACAUUUGAAGCCCUUACUCAAUUUGGGGUUGCUACAAUCACAACAGAGAAUACUGGGAAAGUGGAAGCAUCAUACAGCUUAACGUUUGACUGCUCAAGAGGUGUCUCCCUUAUGGAGGAACAAUUCUUCAUUAUGAAACCAAAUGAACUUGCAACUCGGUCAUUUAAACUCUACCCAACCACUGAUCAAGCUGCAAAAUAUGUGUGUGCAGCUAUACUGAAGGACUCUAAUUUUCAUGAAGUUGAUAGAGCUGAGUGCCAAUUUUCUACUACAGCUACCAUCCUUGACAAUGGACCACAGAUUACUCCCCUUCAGCCAAAGACUGGUGUAAAUGGUUUCUUUGAAUCUAUUGAAAGCAUUGGGAUGAAAUUGUGGGAAGCUUUGGUGGAUUUCAUCACUGGAAAAACUUGCAGAAGGAAAUGCAUUAGUUUCUUUGAUUUCAGUUGCCACAUACAAUAUAUAUGUUUGAGUUGGAUGGUGAUGUUUGGUCUACUUUUGGCUAUUUUCCCAAUAGUGCUAGUGCUACUGUGGCUUUUACAUCAGAAAGGACUAUUUGAUCCUCUUUAUGACUGGUGGGAAGAUCAUGUUUGGGUGGAUAAGCAGAGAAGUAGACAUAUGCCAAGGCAUGAUACUGAUAUUCACCAUCAUCACAUUCAUGUGAAUAAAUACCAUGAGUUUAGAGCAAGGCACCACAAGCAUGAUGCUCAACAUAAGCGAAGAAGCACUCGUCAAGAGCAUGGGCAUAACCAUUCAAGAAGGGAUAUCGAUCAUUAUCUUCACCAUGUUCAUAAGGACAACAGUAAGCGCAGGAGUUGUAGGAAAUCAAGAAUCAAGCAGCAAGACUUUAAAGGAAAAAGACCAUACAAGGAUCAUUUAGAUGAGCAGUCAUGGUGAAUCAAGAUGCUAUUACCAAUUACAAAGAUAGCCUGUUGUAUGAUUCCGAGAUUAAGCUGCUGUCUGAGCAGAGAGAACAGGACUAUAGGGUAUCAUGGUAUUAUCAGUUGCUUUAGACGGGUCAUGUUUACUGUAGAAGUUUAUCCCUGUUUUCUUCUCUCUUGGAGAAAGAGGCUGUUUGACAAUUCUUUAGAUGGUUCAUGUUUACUGUAGAAGUUUAUCCCCGUUUUCUUCUCUCUAAGAGAGAGAGACUGUUUGACAAUUCUUUGAUGUAAACAGGAAGGAUGCAACUGAAACAUUACACUAAUUGUUACGUUUAAAUUUUCAUUGUGAUAAAUGUGUAUAUUGGAUGUGCGUA